AUGAAUAAUAUUGUUAGACUCCCUAAAAAUUUGAAUAUUCUAAAGGAUCCUAAAGCCUUUAAAAACUACUGCUUGAAUCCUUUAGGAUUAACAGCUUAAAAGACUAGCAAUUUCCCUAAAGAAUAAAAAGUAGAAAAGUUCUGCAAUUGGGAAAUGGUUGUUCACAGAGGUGAAAAACCCCUUGAAAAUAAUACAGUUGUCUUAAAAUGCGACCCCAAGCUUGCCAAACCCGAAAUUAAGCAAUAUCUUACAAAAUUGUACGGUCUUGAACUUAAUAAAGUUAAUACAGUCAGAUAUACAGGAAAACUUAAAAACUCCAUUUUAAGAAAAACUUUCAAGACCAAGGAUUUCAAGAAGGUUUAUGCUGUCUUAAAAACUGAAGUAGAACCCUUCUACUAAAAGAUUGAAACUAUGUGA